AUGUAUGCUUUUGGUCUCUCAUUGGUUUCAACUUCUUCAUCAGUCUUCUCCCUUAUAAACCCUAGUGUAACAGUGUCGAUGAAUGAUAAGAAAUUCAUCGAGUCUGCAUUACUAUCUGACCUUAGAGUUGAUGGUAGGCGUCCUUUCGAUUAUAGAAAACUAUCUAUCAUCUUCGGAAGAGAAGAUGGUUCAUCAGAGAUCCAGCUUGGACAAACUCGAGUUAUGGGAUUUGUCACAGGACAACUAGUACAACCUUAUCGAGACAAGCCUAAUGAAGGGACACUUGAAAUCUACAUUGAAUUCUCACCCAUGGCGGAUCCUUCAUUCGAUUCAGGUCGUCCUGGAGAAUCUGCUAUUGAGUUGGGGCGUAUUGUAGAUUGUGGUUUAAGGGAAAGCAGGGCAGUAGACACUGAAUCACUUUGUGUCAUUUUAGGGAAAUUGGCUUCAGAAGAUGCAAAAAAGCUUGUUGAUGAAGAGAGAGCUUUCGCAAGAACUGAAAUUGAGAAAGCUAGAGUUGCAGUUCAGAGAGUGGAAGAAGCUCUUCAGGAGCAAGAAAAAAUGUCCCGAGCUACAGGGACAUAG